ACCCGCGCCCUCUGUUUUAAUAUUGUGUGCUGUCACGAAAAGUAAACAGGGUUAGCUGCUACAGCAGCACUGCCUAUAUCAUAAAUUAACAUCUCAUGAGUUUCUAUCUUCUCGUUUGUUUUUCUUUAUAAUAAAUAUUACUUGCUAUAUAUUAAUAAAAUCAUUAGGAGUUUUAACCUAAGAUCACGUUAACGUUUUAUUAUUACACGAUAAAAGAAGGAACAUUAAUAAUUAUUGUAAAUGGUUGUAAAUAACUCGUUAAGAAGUAUGUGUCAGUCCUUUAUAUAUUAUAAAUGUUAGUGCUGAUAUUUGUUUAAAAGGAAAAGAAAAAAUAAUAAUAAAAAUGUUGUCUAUUGAACGAAUCCCAGAUCAAAUUGGAUAUUUAGUGUUAACAGAGGAUGGAGCAGUAUUGUCGUCUGGCGGUGAUCUAGAGAACGACGAGAGAAUUGCCAAUGUUAUUGUGGGCUUGGUAAUGUUGACUAAUAAGAUAGAUUCAAAAGCUUUUCCCAUGGGUGAAAGUUUUGAAAAGAUAUCAAUUACAUAUCCGGAUCACUGUUAUAUUAUUUGUCUUUCUAAUAAAAAGAUCUAUGUAGUAAAGAAAAAAUUAUCUUUGUCAGAAAAAAAUAUUGAACUGCAACAAUUUAUUGAUAUUUAAAUAUAUAUAUGUAUGUACAAAUGAAUACAUUAACAUACAUACAUACAUAUGUGCACAUGUAUACAUAUGUAUACAUUAUGUUAACUUAUUCGCAGCCAAUAAUUUUUCCAGUUUUAUAAUAUUGAAAGACUUGAUUAUAGCAAAUUCCUGUUAUUGAGACCAGGAUAAAAAUAAUAAAUUUAUUUUAAAAUAUCAGCAUAUUGUAAGAAAUUAUUCUUUGAAAUGAACAUAAAAGAAUUGGUUUAAUAUAUAAAUCUGCAAUAUGUUCAAUUUGUAAACAUAAGAAAAAGUAAUAUAAAAAAAUAUACUUUUAAAACUUGCUCUAUUCUCUAAGAUUGUACGAAUAUACUCAAUACUGUUUUGCUUAUUUGCUCUUGUAAUAUAAAAUAAACGACUUGUUAUUAAUUA